AUGGACAGCUCGCCCGAUCUGUCGCUGAAGUUGCGACGCGGUUCGAGCGAUUCGCGCGAGUCGUACUACAUGGACUUCGCCCAGGGCAUCGACUCCGACAUCGACGACGUGGUGACGAUGGCGUCCAGAGGCAGCGGGAAUGCCAGCGGUAGUGCCACGACCACCCCGAACGCGCUACCGGCAGUGACCAUCCUGCCGGACGUGACGAUCCUGCCGGUGGGCGGCGGCACCAACUCCACCGGCAUCAUCCCCGAGGAGGACGACUCACUGGUCCAAGAGGACAACGCACGGGCGGGACCGUCGCAGGAGCAGGAGGAUCGGCCAGCCGAUAACGAGGAGGUGGCUGAGGGGCAGGACGACGAGCUGGAGCCGCUGCAAUUUCGGAACGAUCCCGAACUCGCCCUGCCAGGACGUCACUUCAUAUCGUCGCUCGACAUCGACCUGCAAAGAGCGUUGGAGGUAACGCUGCAGCCACUGAUGCCGUCGCCGUCCGUGUCGCAGAACGCGAUCGUGUCACCGGAGGCCUUCAGCACGCACUCGUCGCCGGCCCCGUCAAUCCAGCGGCUACCGACCGGCGAAGAGCUCCAGCAGCAGCAGCAGCAGACGUCGUCGCAGUCCACCAUCAACAUGCCACCGGCGAUGGUCACGAUCACGCCCGACUACCCGCUCCUCAGUCUGGCGACGACGUCAGGGGCCGGCAGCACCGGGACCGAGUUCAUCGAGCCUUCCCGCAUCGGGCUGCGGAGCACCAGCACAACGAUGAUCCCACCGACUUCGCUCAUCGUCGACACCAGCACGGCUUCGUCGUCGGGAGUCUCCACUAGCCGCCAGCCGCAGCGGCACCAACGCUACCUGCCAACGGGAAGCCGAACAAUGGGACCGUCGCGUGACGUCACCGGUAUCUGCGUGGCACCGGAGCAACACCAGCACACCGAGGUGCUCACCGUUCGCAGCGAGGAUGGGGUGCUGCCGAAGUCACCGUCGCAGACACCGAGCGGUGCGGCCAGUCAGUCCACUACCACGCAGCACCUGUCGGUGCUGUACCACGCACACCACCACCAUCUGCACCCGAUUCUGGCCACCAACCGGCGACCGUCGAGGCUGCCCGAGCCAGUGAUCUACUAUCCAGCGCCGCGCGAAGUCAAACCUGGUGAAGCGCUGGCCACCACUCUGUCGGCCCUCUACGGGAAGCUGCUGGUCGUGAUGGGCAUCGCGUUCCCGAUGGCGGAAGUAAUCUCCACCUAUAUUCCUCCGUCCUUCUACGAGGGCUUCUACCUGUACCUCUACAUCGGCAGUAUGGUGUUCCUGUUCUUCAUGUACACGACGCUGCUGUGGGGCAAACCGAAGGCACCUCCGGUGUCGCCUGUCAAAAAACCGACGACGGCGACCACCGUCACGAAGAAGGGGGUGCUGCGUCGUAGCAGCACCCCCUGCUCGUCCACUGACAGCGGGGAUCGGUCGGACAGCGAGGACGAGACGAUCAGCUCGGGGCCGAAGGUGCCGGUACACGCGCGCCGAAUGUCCCUGUCGGCCGGCAUGGCUUCCAGGCUGCAGCACUUCGGAAGCUUCUACCUGCGCAUGGGAGCCGUCGCGUUCGGUAUCGGCAGCAUGAUCUACUCGGGGCUAGAGUUCGGCCAGUACUUCGAGCUCGAGCGGGACACCAAGUGCCACAACGUGCUGCUGGCGCUCACGCCUGCCACACGCAUGGCCUUCAUCUUCAUCCAGAUGUAUUUCAUUUUUCUCAACAACGAGCAAAUCAAAGUCUACCGCCACAAGAUCGUGGCCCGCUUUGGGCUGAUGCACAUGAUCGGCACCAACCUGUCCGUCUGGUUCUCGGUGCUGAUCCAGGAGACGAAGCACGAGAUCUUGACGUUCUACAAUCCCGAAAACCGCACGCUGCGCAUCUCCCACCGGCUAGGCAACAAGAUGAUACCGCACCCGGUCGAGACGGUCGCACACCUGCGGGUGGCCCGCGGGCUGAAGGGGCCGCACAACAUCUUCGAGUGCCGGCGCUCGAACAUCAUCGGCACACUGGUGCAGGACGCGUCGCCCUUCCUGUUCCCGUGCACGAUCGAGUACUCGCUGAUCUGCGCCGCGAUCCUGUACGUGAUGUGGCGCAGCAUCAGCCGGCCGCAGACGGAGCCGCCGCAGCGGCAGGAGAGCACCCUGCACCCGCUGAAGCGCUCGCCGCACCACUACUCGGUCGACUGUGCCGGCGCGCACAAGGGCCUGUUCAUCGGCAUCCUCAUCCUGGUGCUGACCAUCAUCUCGCUGAUCCUGUUCUUCGUGCUGAUCUCGCGGCCCGAGUUCGUGAGCCUCGCGGUGACGGAGGUGAACAUCUGCGAGCUGACCCUGUACGGCACGACGACGGCGGCCACGCUGAUCGGGAUGUUCCAGGUGCGCCACAUGCAGUACGACGCGUUCCGGAGCUUCAGCCUCGACGACAUCCUGCUGGUCGGCGGCCAGACCGGGUCGUUCCUGUACAGCACGUUCACCGUGAUCGGCGGCCACUUCACGAUGCGCCGCGACACGGUGCUGGUGCUGAUCACGGCGCUCGCGUCCCUCGUCGAGACCGCCUGCCAGACGAUGUUCAUCCUGGACGCGAGCCGGCGGUCGGCCGCCACCCAGGAGCACAUCCGCAAGAAGCCGGGCCGCGAGAUCGUCACCUUCCUGCUGGUAAGCAACCUGGCGAUGUGGGCGAUCAACACGCUCGAGAAGAGCCGGGCCGAGUCGCACCCGAUCCAGCUGCACUUCUACGGGCUGUGGGCGUGGACGAUCAUCACCCACGUCUCGAUGCCGCUCGCCAUCUUCUACCGCUUCCACAGCACCGUCUGCCUGUGCGAGAUCUGGAAGCGGGCGUACAAGAUGAAGCCGGCCUACAUGUAG